AUGAAUCUGCCGUGGUUGCCAUCCACGUUCCUUUCGCUUUUCAUCAUCAAGGUUCUUGUUGCUCUCGCUGUCGUUGUCAUCACAUUUCAUGCAUUAUCCCUACAUCCCGGGAUCCGGAACGCAACACACUUCAACCACUCUCCUUCACCCCGUCCUCAGUUUCGCAAAGGGGGAAACUGUCUCCCGCAGUACUCUCUCGACAUUCUCAAUGACCUGAAGGCGUGGCAGUCGUCUUGCGGGCUACCGAAAAGCCAUCACCCACCUCAGUGGCGAGUGACUACCGCAACCGCUCACUUCGGCAAGGUGGAAGAGCACUACCAAAAGGCCCUCCAGACUCACGUCCUCCACACCAUGCUUCACCAGACGAGACUGGAGGUCAUGUGCACCCCCAUCAUCGACAGCCUCUGGAACAAACCAGCCUUUCUCUUGUCCAUGCUCCUGGGUGAGAUGCUCAAGGAGCCGGAAGAGCGGACGGAAUGGAUCUUCUGGGUCGACCGCGACACCAUCAUUCUAGACGAGUGCCGACCUGCUACCAGCUUUCUCCCGCCACGCCCACUCGAUGCCGGUGGCGAAAUCCGGGGGCAAACCGGGGACGAUGACGUUCAGCUUAUUGUCACGAACGACUGGAACGGACUAAACAACGGCGUUUUCUUGGUCCGCGUUGGGCAGUGGGCCAUUGAGCUCUUCAGUGCGAUACUGGCCUUCCGACACUACAGGCCCGACGUCAACCUUCCGUUUACCGAGCAAAGCGCGAUGGAGAUUGUGAUGAGGGAGCCGCGGUUUAACAAGAGCGUACAGCUCGUACCGCAAACCUGGUUCAACACAUAUCCCGGGGGCAACGCGAGUACGUUCCUGGAUAGGGAUGACGAAGACGGACUGGCCGACUAUCAAGUCAGAAGAGGGGACUUUUUGAUUCAUUUCGCGGGAGUUUCGAACAGAGACCGUAGCCUGAAUGACUGGACAGCUAUGUUGGGUAUAAUGCCAAAGGUUUGGGAGGAGUGGAGGCUACAGAGGAAUGUCACGGCCGGCAUUGAUGCGUUUUGGAAGAAAAUGGAAUUAGAGAAGACGGAUAAUAGUUCCGCAGAGGAAUAA